AUGGGUUCUAUCUCAAUUACUGCUGAAGAUGUAUACUCAAUUACUCGUAGAUUACACAAUUGGAAAUCACCUGGACCAGAUGGUAUACACAACUUUUGGCUGAAAUGGAUAACAAGUAGCCAUGUGCGUUUGGCUGCACAGAUUCAAGAAGCCAUUGAGUGCUGUGAGCUCCCGAGACUUCUUACAACUGGUAUUACCCACUUACUAUAUAAAAAUGGAAAUAUCACGGAACCUAAAAAUUACCGACCUAUAACAAGCCUUUCAACUGUAUACAAAUUAAUAACUGCAAUUUUAAUUAACAAGAUCUAUAAACAUUUGGAAAAUAAUAACAUUCUGUCAACCGCACAGAACGGAUGUCGGAAAGGGUCACGUGGUUGUAAAGAACUUCUUCUCAUUGACACAGCUAUUUGCCGACAAGUUUUUCGUAAUCGCAAAAAUAUGUCCGCUGCUUGGGUGGAUUACAAAAAGGCAUAUGACUCUGUUCCACAUUCAUGGCUAAAGAGAGUUUUAGAAAUAUAUAAAAUAGAUGACAAAAUUUGUAAGUUUUUAAGUAAAUUAAUGGGUCAGUGGAACACUAUCCUAAAUCUACCAGGUAAGUGGCAAAGCAGUUCGAUAGACUCUAUAAAUAUUAAGCGGGGUAUAUUCCAGGGUGAUAGUUUGAGCCCAACUUGGUUUUGUUUAGCCCUGAAUCCUUUAAGCACUGUUAUUGAGGAAUCUGGAUUAGGAUUUCGGUUUCGAAAAGAAAACUCACCCAUCUCACAUCUACUUUACAUGGAUGAUCUCAAGCUAUUCACAUCAAAAGAGAGUGAUCUAUUAUUAUUGUUGAAAUUAACACAUAGUUUCAACAAUGAUAUUAGAAUGGAAUUUGGAAUGGAUAAAUGUGCUGUCAUAAACGUAAAUAGGGGCAAAAUUAAAGAUUGUAAUAAUUUUGCAAUUACAGAUGACUUACAUUUCAGUUCUCUUUCUGAGACAGAAACCUAUAAAUACUUGGGCAUGGCAGAAGCGCUAGGAAUUAAUGACAAAAACAUUAAAGAAAAUUCAAAAGUAAAAUUUAUGUCAAGAUCAAAAAAAGUUAUCAAAAGUCAUUUAUCUGGCGAAAACAAAAUUAGAGCAUAUAACUCCUGGGUAAUACCUAGCCUUCUAUAUACUUUUGGUAUUACAAGAUGGUCUCAAACGGAAUUGGAUGACUUAGAUAGACGAGUCCGCACAUUAAUGACCACGCACAGAAUGCACCACCCGCGAUCAUCUGUCAUGAGGUUGUAUCUUCCAAGAAAAGAUGGUGGACGGGGCUUAUUAAACAUUAAAAACCUACACAACCGUGAAGUAUGCAACCUCAGAGACUAUUUUAUUUAA